UAGUGUGUCCGGGUAAGGCUACGUGGUGAGGAGUGGGACCCUUGUCGUGCACCAACACCACGAUGGACGACUACCCGAUGUAUGGGUUGCUGGUUGGGUUCUCCCUCUGGGGGACCCUCUGGCGUCUCCUCUUUCCUCUGGGAUUUUGGCAUACCUUUGCGUGUAGAGUAGGGCCCACUCGAGGUGGUACCGCCACCAAACCAUACACGAAGGAGGAGGAGGAGAAGAUGGCCGCCAUCCUGCAGGAGAGAAAGGAGAAGAAGGAGGCCAAGAAGAAGGCCUUGAAAGAGGAACAGGCGGCCAAACUAAAGAAGAUGGAAGAAGAGAUGUCCAGGGAGAAAGAGAGGUUGAAAAAGGAAGAAGAAGAGAAGUUGAAGGAGGUGGAUGAAGAAGAGGAAGGACCGCCACUGCAAAAGAGUGGGCAGCACAGCGACAGCAGCAGUGAUGAGAUGGAGAAGAAGAUUUCGGAGUGGGUCGCCAACUUAUCCCUGGGUGAGGAGGAAGAGGUUGCUAUGUACAUCCCCAAGGAUGAGCAAGAAGCCGCCAUGAAGAAAUUGGAAGCAGAAGAAGAUGUUUUGACGCGGCGGGUGAUGGAGGAUAAACAGAGGAUGGCGUGGAAGCUCGCAGUGAUGAGGGAGAAGAAGAGAAGAGUGGAGGCGGCGAAUGCAGCAAUUCAAGAACUAGCGGAGGUGAGGACUGCCUUAACAACACAAUUGACUCCGCAAGUAGAUCUCCAACGCAAAGUGGAGAUCAUCGCCCAGAGCGUUGACCGGUUAGCUAAAGUGCAAGAAAAGCACUAUGAGUUUAGUCGCAGCCAGGAGAUAUCCGUGCGUUCGAUGCGAACGGGAUUACGGGAUUUUGCUCACGAAUUAGUAGGCGCUGUGGGAUCCGAGGUGAGUCAUCGCCUCGAGAAUAUUGAGCGUUUUUGUGUCGGCGCCAUCAAAGGCGUCAAGGUGGUCGCUCCCAAGGAGGAGGAGGCCCGUCCUCGCAGGGAGUCAGUCAAAGUCAAAUUCCCUGAUUCCUAUAGUGGGAAAAGAGAAGAGAACUUUGACAAUUGGGAGGCCAAUGUUAAGACCUAUGUGCAUUUGCAACAGGUCUCCCCGGAUCACCAGGUCUUAAUUGUGAUCCAUGCACUUAGAGACGAGGCCGCUAGUUUCGCGAGAUCCCUUGUUCGUGCUGCCAACUGUAGUGACGAUCCAGUUGCGUACUCCUCGUUUACGUCCCUCAUUGAAUUCUUGAAGCUGCUGCGCGAGCGAUUCGCUAAUGUUGCCCGUAGUGUCAAAGCCUCAGAUAGGCUUCAGACAAUACACUCGCGCCAAUGGAAGAGUGCAAGGGCACUCAAGGGCACAAUGGAUGAGUUGGUGGCUGUUCCUGACCAGAAGGUCACGGAAACCCAGUUGGUCAACCUUUUCUACCGGGCUAUGCCCGAAACGCUGCGUGGUCACUUCUUUGACAAGAGUCAGGACCCUGCUAUGACUUAUGAUAUACUUAGCAGGGAAGUGGUCGCGUUCGAGGCGAAGUCUGCGUCGAUUUCCACCUUCUGGCACAAAGAUUUAGACAAGGGCAAAAAGUGGAAGGGCCGCACUAUCUCAGGGCAAGUCAAGACCAAGGAUAGCCUUGUGCUCACUUUAGAUGAGGGUAGUGUGGACGAGAUCCCCUACGACCAGAUUGAAUGGGGGUUCGAGGAGGAGGACAGUAGUGUGGGCCAGGGGAGGACUUACGCGGCUGGAGGGAGGCAGCAAGGAGGACGAGGCCAAGGCCAAGGGGGCCGGGCCUCAGGGAGCCGGUUCCAGGGCGAUCAGGGGGUUGGCGGCAGAGGAGGGAACCACCAAGCGGGAGGCGUGGCGGAAGAGUUGAAGAAGAGGAGGCCCGUCUGGGCCAAGAUGAAGAAGGAGAAUAAAGGGCAACUGAUUUUAUUAGAUGCAGAGAUUUUUAGAAGUAGAGUAGGGGCCCUAGUAGACUCAGGGGCCACCCGCAGCUAUAUUAGUAAGCAAGCGCUGCAGAAGUUGAGGCUGGGACUUAAGGUCCAGAAACUGACAGACCCCAUAGUUAGUAUCCUCGUGGACAAUCGUACCAUGGUUGUAGAGGAUUACGUAGAGGGAGUUCAGACGUAUUUUCGCCUAGAGAAAGAUGGGAAGGUGGAGAAGGUCCUCCACUCCCUGACUCUCCUCAUAGAGGACAGCCUCCCGUUUGAUAUAGUAUUGGGAAUGGAUUGGGGAGAGGCAGACGGGGCAACGCUCCAUCUGAAGGAGCACGAGUGUAGACUCCCUAGUUCUGCAGGCGAGGCUAAGACUGCCCGCCUGUUUCAUGUGUCAGGAGUAGAGAAUUCCUUGGUACAUUGCUGCCUUAGUGCCCCUGCGUUCGCCAGAUUGGUGAAGAAGGAGAAAUUAGAGGAACAGGUCUUUGUUGCCUAUGUUAGGCCCGUCACUGAGCCUACRGAAGAGAAGCCGAUGGACCCUGCGAUUGYCAAGCUGCUGGAGGAGUUUAAGGAUUUGACYRAGCCGCCGACAGGCACGGUGCCGCGGCCCAUCCAGCACCGUAUCGAGAUAGAGCCUGGCAGUAGAACUCCUAAGGGUGCUGUGUAUAGGAUGUCCCCGCGGGAGUUAGAGGAGCUUCGCAAGCAAUUAGACGAGCUCCUCGAGAAGGGUUGGAUUAGGCCCAGUUCGUCUCCUUUCGGAGCGCCUGUUCUCUUUGUUCCUAAGAAAGAGGGAGAGCUGAGAAUCAUAGGCGCAGUAUUACAACAAGACGAUGGCAAUGGGUAUAGACCCGUAGAGUUCAUGUUCGCUAGGAUGCCUUCAGAGAAGGUUGCGACAUCUACCUAUGAGAGGGAACUCUACGCUCUCAGGCAAGCAUUAGACCACUGGAAGCACUACUUGCUUGGGAGGCACUUCAAAGUUUAUUCGGACCAUGAAACGUUACGGUGGUUAAAGACCCAGGCCAAGAUGACACCUAAGCUUACUAGGUGGGCCGCAGAGAUAGAUCAGUACGACUUCGAGCUCAAGCCUAUCAAAGGGAAGUACAACGUAGUCGCGGAUGCUCUGAGUAGGAGAGCAGAUUACUUUGGGGCAAUAGUACAUUACCUCGAUAUAGGAAAGGAUCUGCAGAAGAAGGUUAGAGAAGCCUACGCGCAGGACCCUAUCUAUAGUGAGCUCCUCAUGCAAGUCAAGGGGGCCCCAGAGACCGAGCCGAACUAUCGCACUACUGGAGGGUUACUCUUCGAGAAGACUAAUGUCUUUGACCGCUUGUGCAUCCCCAAAAGCGAAGAGAUCCGUAGUCUGAUUAUGGGGGAAUGUCACGACACAGAGGGUCAUUUCGGUUGGCAAAAGACUUUGGCCAAUCUGAUGCGCGCGUAUACCUGGCCAGGGAUGAAGAAUGACUGUGUAGAGUAUGUUCGCAGUUGCAAAGUCUGCCAGCGUAAUAAGAGUUCUACGCGCGCCCCGCUAGGUCUUCUCAGACCCUUGCCCAUUCCGGAUCAGCCGGGAGACUCAGUGUCAAUAGAUUUCAUGGACACUCAAGUCAAGAGCAGGCAUGGCAAGAGCCAAGUCAUGGUCAUAGUUGACCGCUUUAGCAAGUACGCAGUUUUUGUUCCUUUGCCUUCUGAGGCGCGUACUGAUUUAGUCAUACAGAGGGCUUCUCAAAUGGGAGUUUUGGGAGGGACUCAUGAGGUUGACGAUUGUUCACCUGAAAAGAGGCCAAAUUGUCAUCAGCAAAAGCCCUGAUGAAAUGUGCACCAGCUUCCGACUG